AACUUAGAGGCUUGAAGCCACAUUCUACUCACCUCCCCAUGUAUCCAGAAGAAUUAAUUGGCAUGACCAUAACGACCUCGGAAUAUGUAACCGCCUUUGUCCUUAUUGCUACAAGCCUAGGAAUUGGAUACAGUCUUGGAAUAGCCUCAGCUAAACGAAAUAGACCUAAACCCUCAGAGACGGUCGAACGGAAGAUUGAAGAACCUUCAAAGUCAGAGAAACCUCUGAAAGACGCGCAAGACGCAGAACUAGAGAGUGAAAGCGAGUCAGAUGAAGAUGCUGCAGAUGGGGACCUCUCUGCUGUGAAACCGGGCUUUCUAGAGCCUUGCAAACUUGUUCUUGUUGUGCGUGCUGACUUGGGUAUGACGUCCGGCAAAAUCGCGGCACAAUGCGGGCAUGCGACGUUAGCAUGCUACAAAGCAUUGUUGAAGACAAAUCCUGCCUUACUCGCUCACUGGGAGCGAACAGGACAAGCGAAAAUUGCUCUGAAAGCGUCGUCAGAAGAUGAGUUGCUGGAACUGGAGGCCAUUGCUAAAAGUCUAAACCUCUGUGCGCGUUCAAUCAUCGAUGCAGGCCGGACUCAAGUAGCAGCGAGGACGCGAACUGUCCUAGGCAUUGGACCAGCUCCCGUCGAACUGGUGAACAGAGUGACGGGCAAACUACGACUACUAUAGUCCAUCUUGUUUGUUGCAAUACUAUACUUUAUCCAGUUUGAAGUUGUGUUGCUUAAGCAGGUUUUUGAGACUAUCUGGAUGUUCACGUUGUUUAGUCACAUGCGUCUGCGAAGAUAUGUCAUGUUCAUCAAGACCGUAGCUCGAACAUUGUGACUAUAUUACCUCAGACCGUCAAGGCCUCUGGACUACAUAUAAGCCGGUUCUCUAUCCCCUUCCUUCUUUGAACAGCCAUUCCAAUCCGUUCAUUCCUUGCUCCGAAAUCUCUGCCUCAGUACCCAUACAAUGUUUCUAACUAGCCACGAGAGCUUCCCACUUGGCAAUGACAUUUCGCUUCCCAAGGGCU